GCGCCUCAGUUACCUCAUCUGUAAAAUGGGGAUUGAGAUGGGUGACUCCAACGAAGCCACCCAUCCUUUGCAGCGUGGCCUCACUGUCAAAACCAAAGUCUCCACUUCUCCUUUCUACACCUGGGGCACGAGGCUAAAGGACAAGCCCAAAACCCCUGAGUGAAGAUCUGCAGUGUGGCAUGGAUCGGAAGGAGGGGAAAUGGAAGCAGAAGGGAUCUAUGAGAAUAUCUAUCCAGGGAAAGUAUCUCCGCAGAUGCUGGAACUACCCCCUAAGGAAAAGCUCCCUCCAGCCCACAGUACCCCCUGGAUCGCCCAAGUUAUCCUGACCCUCUUGGUGGUGGCCCUGAUCUCCUCCCUCAUCACCAUGUUCAUCCUGUAUUUUCAGCAAGAGAGGUGCCUCCCACCAAAGGAAGUCAGGAGGACUGGGAGAAAAGGCUGUUUGGAGAACAGUUCAUCAGUUUGGGACAUCGAGAUGUUACAGGAUCGUGCGGAGAAUUUCAGCAUCCUGUAUGCCACCGUCAGAGAGGAGUACGGUACCUUUGUGAAGAUGCUCUCCAAAGGCUGGGAAUACUACAGAGGGCAUCUUUACUACUUUUCCAAAGGGAAGAAGUCCUGGGAUAAUGCUGAGAAGUUCUGCGUCACGCAGAAUUCGCACCUGGCCUCCGUGACAUCAGUGGAAGAGCAGGAGUUCCUCUUUAAGUACACAUCUGACGUCUAUCGGUGGAUUGGUCUGACGGACAGGGGGAAAGAAGGCGCCUGGCGCUGGAUUGACGGGACGCGGUAUAAUGAGGCGGAGAACCGGCGGUUUUGGGUUGAUGGACAGCCGGACAACUGGAAUCAGGGAAAGGACCUACGGGAGGACUGUGUCCAUUUCCAGAGCGAACAUGUGAAGUCGUGGAACGACGGGAACUGUAACCACAAGUAUAACUGGAUUUGUAAGAAGGCCUUUCACCAUCUUCCGGUUCUGUGACCAAGCCAGUAUGCGGACACUAGUCUACUUCGUGGAGCAUUACUGACUUUAAGACUGUUU